AUGUGGACGAUGUCAAGUUAUGACUACGUUGUGGCAGCCGUCAAAAACGUCAAGGAAACAUUAAAGGACAGCCCAAAAUGGAAAAUGCCCAAGAAUGCACCAACACCGAUGACUAGUGCCUAUGAACCGAAGAUGGAUGGAUCAAGCGAAUUAGGACAAGAGGACCAUACCUACUUCCAAGAGUUGAUUGGGAUAUUACGGUGGGCGACAGAGAUUGGACGAGUCAAUAUCUUACUGGAAGUAUCACUCCUGAGCCAGUAUCAAGCAGCUCCAAGGGAAGGACACAUGGAACAAGCAUUGAGGAACCAUCUUUCCAAGUAA